AUGGCCGAGAUCGAGAAGACUCCUUUUGUCAGGGAGCUCGCCUCGAGCGACCGCAAGACCCGCGACAAGGCCCUCGAGUCCCUAACGCUCUUCCUCCGCUCACGCACCGAUCUCACCCUCGUGGACCUCCUCAAGCUGUGGAAGGGCCUGUUCUUCUGCUUCUACCACUCCGACAGACCUCUCACCCAGCAAGCCCUCGCGCGCGCUCUCUCCUACUCCCUCGUCCCCUCCCUCCCCCACCAAACCGUGCACCGCUUCCUGCGCGCUUUCUGGAUCACCAUCGGCCGCGAUUUCCACUCGCUUGAUCGGUUACGGCUGGACAAGUACCUGUUUCUGAUUCGGUGCUUUGUCGGUGUUGCAUUUGAGAUCUUUGUGAAGCGGAAGACUGGACAAAACCAAGUAGACGGGAAGAAGCGUAAGCGAGAGGACGCCAAGCAGAAAAAGGGUGGGAAAAAGCAGAAGAAACAGGAAGAGACCAAAGCCGCCUCUAUUGCAGAAGAUGACGAGACAUCGGAGGGCAAAUGGGCCGAUCUGGAGGCUUACAUAUCCAUCAUUGAGGAGGGCCCGCUGUGCCCGCGCAACUUCGAUCCAGACCAGCCUUCCAAGCCUGUGACAGAGGAGGGAGGGGAUCCUAAUUUUGUUCCUAUGCCGCAUGGCCCGGAUGGACUUCGCUACCAUGUUGUUGAUAUCUGGGUUGACGAACUGGAGAAGGUGCUUGAGUUUGAGGAGGAAGAAACUGAGGGAGGCAACCGCAAGAUCAAGGGCGAUGUCCCCGUGGAGUUGAUUCUGCGGCCACUGGAGACACUGCGCACGGAGAGUCCCUACAAGCCUGUGCGAACGAGGGCGGCCGAGGCAUUGGGUGAUGAUCGACUGGUUGAGUGGGGGGUGCGGGAGAGGGAGGUCGAAGAGGAGGAGGAUGAAGACAGCGAGCAAGAAUGGGGUGGGUUUGGCGAUGACUGA